AUGGAGUACUCAGAGGAAGAUUGGGCUAGAGCCAGGGUUUCCCCGCCACUUCAUCGUGUCCGAAUGAUAAGAAGACGAGAAUUGGGACAGAUCAGGCCUGGAGCUGAGAUUAUUCAUGCACGACGUGAUUUCUUCAGAACGAUUCCACUCGAUCAUAUGGUAACUGUUCUCGAGCGAAAGCAGACUUAUCCAGUCGCUUGGUCUCCCGAUGGCCGUUUUCUCGUUUGUUUCAACAAAACAAUGCGAACUGUUCACAUUCAUCGAUACAUGGGAGUUGAGAAAGCCAUUGGUCAGCCACCCGAUGAGGCAUUCAAAAGGGUUCUUCCGAUUGUUGGCGAGAUGACACUUUAUGGUCAAUGGAUGGCAAAUGCACUUCUCGCAAAGGAUUUCGCGCUUUUCACGGAUGAUUCGCAACAUAUUGUCGUUUGCGCAAGUGCACCGGUCGGCGAUAACGUGAGCCUAAAUGCCGUGUAUCGAAACAACGAAUCACUCAAUUUGAGUCAAGGAUUAGAACGAUACGCUUUCAUCGUCAUAGACGUUCCGGUAGAGUUUUUGCAGAGAGUGGCUAUGUGUGACGUCUAUUCGUUUCCCGUCGACCGAAUCCAACAAAAUCAAGGCGUUUCAAUGCGAGGCCGAACUCUUUCCGUGUUAUCGUCACAACAUCAACAAAUUACGAUUCUGAAAAUCGAUGAACGAGGAAAAAUUGUUCCCUUGAAAACAAUCGGACCAUCAGUUCUAGAAGAUGAUGAAAUAUUUCUAAAAAUUGAAAAUGGGAACUUUGGACGAGCAACAGCUUUUUUGUCGGCAUUCAAGCAAAAACUGUUCACGUUUCUUUACAAAAGAUGCAAAAAUGAAGGCGACUUUCAAGUACAUCUAUUUCAUCGUGCAAUGGGAUCGUUGAGGCGACAGAAAAUGAGCAAAGCCCAUCUUUUGGACGAUCGCCAUCUAAUCAUACGAUUAUCUGAUGAAAAUGGAUUCAACAACUCUCAAAAUCCGCCAUUCUUCUCCGUAAUCUUCGAUUGGGUUUCAGGACAAGUCGUGCACGUUUUUCACGUCACGGAUUUUGUUGAUAAUCAAUACUUCAAGUUUUUCGAAAGUUUUGCUGAAGAGAUGACGACGAUAAUCUUGCGAGAGAACCCAUUUCCUUGGACGGCUUCCCAUUGUGCGCCGGUGAAUUUGAUGUUCCGCAAGAUCUGGGGCGAUCUCGAGAAGCAACCGGAAGACGCCGUCGGGAAUAAAACUUCCGAUCGUCUUCUCGAAUGUGUACGGCGAUUGGUUAGGACGGCGCCGUGGGGAUGUGCUGUACAACCGCAAUCGAGCCCAUACCUUGACCCAACUCUAUUCUUCAUCGAUGAAGUUGCUCUACAAGGAAUCCUUCGAGGUCGUUUUGUUUCAAAUCAAAUCAGUUGGAGAGUCCGAGCUGGUGCAUCGACCCAACUACUCUUCUUUAUGUCGGUUUCGAAUGAAGGCUUCAGCUAUGCGGCGACUCCCCAUCAAUUGUUAUCGUUUCAUCCCGAACACCCAUUCGCUUUGUAUAUUGAUCGUUCGAAUCAAUCGCUACCACUGACGAUGUUUCUACCAUCGGGAAUGCAAUUAGAUGGGAACACU